AUGCAGCUCGAUCAACUCCGCUUCAGAACCGGGUCGGAAAUCCAAGUCUCCAAGCCCUCCUUUCCUCCCACGAGAAGCCUUCUGUUUCUCAUUCUCUUAUCGGCGGGAAUUGGCGGACUGCAAGGCGUUUUUGCUCUUAUAUUCUCCAAUGGCUCCGCACAUCUCGGGGACCUUGGCCUUAGCAAGGCCGCUCAAACACUGGUAUGGAUAACCCUCCCGCUUGCGGGAAUGACGGUGCAGCCGUACUGUGGAAUCCGUAGCGACCAGUGUCUUUCCUCUUGGGGCCGGCGGCGUCCCUUCAUCGCGUCGGGCGCCAUCGUUGCCGUUGUGUCGCUGCUUGGCCUGGCCUCGACCGAGAGGUUAGCCGCCGCCGUCGUCCGUCUUAGUGCCCGUGGCUGUUCUCCUACCGAUGCUUGUUCCAAGGAAGAGCCAGCCAAAGCAGCAGCAGAUUCCCUAGCGGCAGUCAUGUCCGUCUUCUUCAUCAUGGCUCUUAGCAUUGCUCUGCAGCCGCUGCAAGGAGGACUUCGCGCUCUCAUGGUCGACAUGUGCCCGCGUGCGCAACAGCCAGCUGCCACUGCCGUAGCGGGUGCUGUUGUAAGUGCAUCGAAUAUCCUCUGCUAUGCCGUGGGCUUCGUCGACCUACCGCGCAUAUCGCUCUUGCGGGCCCUGGGCGGCGACUCUCAGUUUGCCAUCCUGUGUAUCAUUACGUCGGUAACACUGGCCGUCUCGGUCGGCCUGACGUGCUUGGGCGUGCGAGAGAGGAGCGCGACGCUGGGCGACGAUGGGCUCUCCGCAGCAGCAAGAGGCACGAGAAAUACUGUGCGCGCUCAGCUAUGGUACCUCCGCACCAGCUUCCCCCGCCUACCACGACAGGUGCAGCAGGUAUUCAAAGUGCAGUUCUUCUCGUGGAUCGGCUGGUUCCCUUUCCUUUUCUACGCAACCACAUAUUUGCGCGAAACGUACAAGAAUGAAACACCUGCCGUACAACGUCUUGACCGAGGUUUCCAGGCCAGGGCGGCCAAGGUCGGCUCGCUCGGGCUGAUGCUCUUCGCACUGGUUGCAUUCGUCGCCGGCGCAUUUCUUUCCACUGCUCACAAGCAUGCCAACCGUGGAGGACAAGUCAUCGGAAGCACCUUGACCGGAUUAACCCGCAGCCUUCGACGCAUGUGGAUUGCGUCACAGGUCCUUUUUGCUGUAUGCAUGUUUGCUACAGCGUUCACACCGUCGCUCAGAGGCGUCUAUGUUCUCGUUAGUCUCAGCGGCAUCAGCUGGGCAGUCACCAUUUGGGCGCCGUUCGCUCUCAUCAGUACACAUAUUGUGCAUGACACCGGCCGUCGCAGCGGAGAGACGAUGUACUCCCAGCCGCUGAUGCGGGAUGAAGAGGAAUCCUUAAUAGAGGAUUAUGAGCAGCAGAAUCUCAUGGUGGGCGAAAAGGAGGAAGAUGACAGGCAUGUCUAUGGAGGGGAAGCGGACGACGUCUACGAGCGCCGACCAGGUGUCAUAAUGGGCCUACACAAUGUCGCUAUCGCAGCACCCCAAAUCGCGGCUGCUGCAAGUUGUAGCCUCAUCUUCUGGAUACUUGAAGGCUCUUCGCAAGACAGUGUUGGCUGGACACUGCGGUUUGGGGGUUUGGCCGCUCUGGGAGCUGCAAUAAUGGCAAGUGGGAUACAGGAAGAGGUUUCUGAAUUCCCGUUAAAAAAGCUUACGCGUUGUAUCGCGGGCACCGGUUGA